AUGGAAGCGAUGGAAUGUGUAAUAGAUGUGCAGGAAUGCCCUUACUAUAAAGUAUGUGUCAUCCUCAAUACUCCAGGAGUUGCGACCACUUUCGUCCUCUGCUCCCAUGAAACAAGUCAUGGCAAAAUUGAAGGGUCUUUGUGCGGCAUCUUGUGGAAAAGACGAAAAGACUGGUUUGAUAAUUUACUAUACAUGGAACAAAUAAUGAGUUCUCAUAUAGGCAAAUAUAAGGAAGUUGUUAACUGGGAUACCGGUAUUCUCGGGGAAUCCAAUCACAAAGGAAAUAAAUGUCCGAAACGUGGAGAUAUUAGCGACUGGACUUUGAAAUGUAAAUACAUUUGUAAGGAAAUACAGCUGACCACUACGAAAAAUCGACGCGUCCAGCUAGUUCCCAUUUGUGAUUCUACCAGGGGAUACUUGGUCCAGGAAAGAACAGACAACAUAAACAGUGUUCCUCUACUUCAGUUCCGACAUCCGUGUGUCAAAUCGUUUUUACUUCACAACUGUUCCAGCCGUCAUCCCGUACCUAAUAUCAUACACUAUGUCUGGUAUGGUAUGCGGCCUAUGAGGUUUUACCAUUUCCUUAGUGUGUAUAGCUCGUUCAAAAUGCAAAAGCCGUGUGUGAUAUUUAUACACGGAGAUUUUAUGCCAUUUGGGGAAUAUUGGAAUCUUCUUCUGAUGAUUGUGCCUAACAUUUUAUUUCUGCAACAAAGCCCACCAGCGACGAUCGCAAAUAGGACUAUUGGACACAUCGAGCACAAAGCUGAUAUCACAAGGCUUAUGGUACUUAAAGAGUAUGGAGGUAUAUACAUGGAUACAGACGAGGUGCUACUGAGGACCUUGGAUCCUCUGAGACGACACAACUUCACAUUAAGCAGAGCUUUCAGUUUCAAUCUCAGUAAUGGUUUGAUACUUUCCACUAGGAACGCGACUUUUCUCAACAUUUGGAUAACAGCUUACAAAACUUAUGAUCCGCACAGGUGGGGCUUUCAUUCUACUAUUGUGCCUUCAAGACUAUCGAAAGUUCAUCCGAGGUUGAUUCAUAUUGAAAACAAAACAUUUGUUCGGCCAGAUGCCUCACAUAAAGAUGAUUUAUUUUACAAUAAUUUUGAUUGGUCGAAGAACUACGCUAUACAUUUGUUUAUGCGCUUUUACAAGCAGGUGUAUAGCGUAACGUCAAUCAGAACACUUAACUGUACUAUUGGCGCAGUAGCUCGAUUUGUCUUGUUUGGCCACAAGGAACUGUGUGUUGAAUAA